CGCCAUGCGAGGACAGCGACAAGGGCGGUUUCUUUCAUAGGUUGUGCAAUAUAAUCCAUCAAGGCAGACCAUUUGAUGCAAGCUCAGAGACAAAGGAACACCGAACCUUACUUGCGUGAAGCUAAGAGCUGAAAUAAGAAGCUUUAGAAAGUCGUGGUCAGCUCAACGUCACCGCGUUUUAGCGUUUUCUCAUACGCGCAAAGCUACAACAGAAAAACUUUCGGGGGAAUUUCUGAACUAUAUUUGUUUUUAGAAUAACUUUCAUCUGCAUUUCUUCACCCUGUGAGAUAUCUGGAUCGAUGCUGGUUCUUAAGCCUUUAACAGUUCCUUACCAAAUAUAGCCAAUGCUGGAGUGUCCUCUACGGAGCUGAGCGGUCCUAAAUUGGAUAUAUGAAGCGCUGCCAAAGUUUAUAAUUAAAUUCUCGCAACAUUUGGGAGUUUUUACGGUGUGUCUUUUGUAUUUUUGUACAUUUUUUGUCUAAUUUGAAAAUUGAACCCUUGAACCGUUUUUUGUUUUGUUUUUACAAGCUGGCGCAUAUAUGUUCUGCCUAUUGUGAACUGCAGCGUGUUGGUUUAAAAACCGCUCUGUAGCCGAUGCUCUCAACAGAAGCCAUUUUUAAGUCUUUGAUUUACAGUCAUUGAACACGAGCUGCUUAACCGGAUCUGGGCUAAAGCUUAUUUAACCGGUGCACACACAUUUUGGCACAUUUUUGUUCUUUUGUUCUCAAAUCCCUCACGAUGACUUUUGGUGCGUCUGGCGCUGGGCGCGGUGGAUGGUCCACGGCUCGGGUUUUCCUCCUCACCACCACCUAUGUGUUGGUGCUGGCGCUGGGCUCGGCAGGAGCGGAGCAGGCCAAGCCGAGCGGGGAGAGCCCACCGGCGGUCACUCUCGGUACUCUGAUCUCGGGAACCUGCCAGGAAGUCCAGUGGUACGCUGAGUCAGUUGUUGGAAGCGGCGUGAUCCGGUCAACUGCUGAGAGUGCAGUGUUGUUUCUUGAGUCAAUGCUUGGCCAGGAACACGUCUAUACAGUGGCCAUGUUUUUCCAGAUGGUGAUCCGAUUCCUCGCUGAAGGAGCUGCCAGUGGCCUGAACGUUAUUGCUGUUUACGUCGCAGAGAUCCUCCGGGUCACAGGAUUUGAUGUUGCUCUUACUUUGCCCCUCUUCACCCCCGAGGGCGUGGCUGCCAUCGCCCAGUGGGGUCUGGUGGCCCUCAUUGGCUACUGGGUGCUGACCAUCGUUCUCCGUGUGCUCAUCUGCUUGGUGAAGCGGGUAUUCUGGGUGGUGAAAACCGUCUUGGCGCUCUGGCUUUUUGGACUAAUUGUGACUGAGAAGACUGCCACUGCAGACACCACAGCGGUUCGAGUGGGGGGCCUGGUGCUGGGAUGUGUCCUGUUGACUCUACUCACUUCCUGCUCUGAAAAGACUUGUACAGUGGAGCAGAGGCUGAGCACCCUCGAGGGCCGGGUAAAGGUAGUGGAGAAGAGGAAAGGCGAAUAGUGAGCAGAGAUGGACAAAAGUGGUGGAAAUGUCUUUUAAGAAAACAAUAUCUUGGAUUCUUUCUAUAUGUUUUGUUAAACUUUUAUGGGAAAUAAAGUAAUCUGUGGGAUUUUUAAACGAGAAAUGCACUGUUUGUUUGCACUGAAAGAAAGACAAAAGUAAUGACACCACAUCGAUUAUUUGGACUCUAUAAAGAGCUGUAAUCACUGAGACACAAAGGUAGUAAAAGGGCUACAAUAGCAAGACUAUUUUGAAAAGAUCUUUAACUGUCUUCUUUUUGUAUUGUCUUUCCUACGAAUAAAAGUGAAGGGCAACAUU